CCUGAAGAUGGUACACUGGCACGACGCCGAUGUACAGAGACCUUGAUGACUUUGCUGCGGAAAAUCUCAAAGUUCUCUUUUCCGAAAGACUUUCCAGAACUUUCCGAAUUUUUCGCUUCCUAUUUCCAGGCUUUUGCGGAAGAUUUAAGAUCAAUAGCGUUAGCGGGACAAUCACAAUCGCAACUUCCUGAAAGGGCUGUGGUGAUAAGUUUAGCGAGAAGACUACUGGGAAUACCAUCCGGCGCUGGUGUAGGUGUAGUUGGUGGAGGUGGAGGAGCCAAUGCGAAUCAUGCAGGAUCAACCUCGAGUGGUCCACAAUCAUCCUCAUCAUCUUCUACG